GGCGCGGCCGCAGUCCGCGGGCGCUGCGGGCGGGCACAAGAUGGCGGCGGUGCGGGCCGUGUGCGUGAUGCGGGGCGAGGGGGCCGUGCAGGGCGUCAUCCACUUCGAGCAGCAGGGUUCCGGACCGGUGAAAGUCACUGGGCAAAUCACUGGAUUGGCCGAUGGGGAGCACGGCUUCCACGUCCAUGAGUUCGGGGACAACACCAAUGGCUGCACCAGUGCAGGGCCUCACUUCAACCCGGAGCAGAAGAAGCACGGGGGUCCCAGCGAUGCCGAGAGGCACGUGGGAGACCUGGGCAAUGUGACUGCCAAAGGAGGCGUGGCCGAGGUGUCCAUCCAGGAUUCCGUCAUUUCCCUCUCGGGACCACACUGCAUCAUCGGCCGCACCAUGGUGGUGCACGAGAGGCGGGAUGACCUGGGCAAAGGGGGCAACGACGAGAGCCUGCUCACUGGAAACGCAGGGCCCCGCCUGGCCUGCGGAGUGAUUGGGAUUGCCAAGAGCUAAGUGUGGCACCUGCAGUGCUCUUCAUUGCUGCUCUUACCCUUCCUCUGCAAGUUCAAAUGUGUCAUUUCUCUCCUGCUCCUCUGCAUCCCAAGCAGCACUCACAUGCUGGAGACUGACCGAGUUUUGUAUGAUGUAUGUUCAAUUAAAGUGUCCCUGAUGGAA